AUGGCGCGGAUUCCCCGACUAGCCGCUGCUGUCCCGGAUGCAGGCUCAGUGGCAGUUAUUCCCAGUGGCUCUCACCCUGUUGCACGAGCACCGGAAGUCGCCAGUUCGAGUAAAAGCACAAUGCCUUUUACCCAAAGGCCGGGAAUCCGACAUCACAGAUUCGCGCUUACAGUGCCUUUCCCGACCUCUUUGGAGGCAGAAAUCGCCUGUGGGUCCCUAGCUCCUGAUGCCGAACCGCACCGAGGACUGUUGGGGAAGGAGCUUAAAGUGAGCGGCUGCGUGCUGGAAGUCCACUGGAUCUCGGAAGAUUCUCGCCUCCUCCGAAUUUCCAUCAUGAACUUUCUUGACCAGCUUUCCCUAGUGGUGAACACCAUACAGCGCUUUGGGCCCCCAGUUUCUCGUUAA